GGGAACGCCGUGUAUUGACCUGGCUAGAUCCCUGUUUGUUCAGUGCGCAAACUGAAUGAGGCAAAUGCCACCCCCAAUAGAGUCCGAAAGGCCUCGCUAAGUUUAUUUGUAAGUGGAUAUUCAGAUCUGUGGAAUGGAUAUAGACUUCAUUGCAAGAAACGAACAUGGCGAGGAGGCAAAAAGGCUCCUUAUAAAAACCGAAGUGGGGGGUACUCGUCUCCCCAUUGCAUUCCUUGGGUGCGCUCCUUGUUCCUUCACCUAUUGUUCGGCUUCAAGUCUUUAAGAGUCUCACUCAAAGCAUAUACUUAAAGUUCCAACGACCCAGAUCUGCAACAUGAGUGAUCCCCUCCUCGGUCUCGCUCUCUACCUCCACAAGCUCGCUAUAGCAAACGUCACAACAUCUCUUCUUCUCAAUGUUCUCAACAUCGUUACGUACAUUUCCCUAUUCGAAACACGAUGGACAAAAAUGUCGUCGACGAUCAUGUUCCAGAUCAUAGGAAACAUUGUGCACACGGUUUUGUUCUACAUUUCCGUAUUCGAGGUUAACAACAUGAACUACGCUUGGGUCAUAUUCGAUGGCAUCGGCUACAUUGUCAUGGCCAACGCUUGUGUCUGGAUGCUUCGGGAUCGGUACAAGGUCUUUGCAGUGUCAAGCAAUUACGUGGAAAAGGUGAUGAUCGGACUUGGUAUUCUUCAUUUGGGGAUCAUCACUGCCGACGUUAUGGUGUUUGGUUCCUCCUUCUACCUUCCCCUCGACUGGGACCUUGUGAACAAAGUUGGAAUCUUCACGAAGCUUCUGACCUUUGCGAUUGAGAUCUACAUUGACCUCAACAUGUUCCACGUCAUUCGACGAAACGCCAGUCUGUCCAAAAGUCAAAUCAACGACUUGCUCCGGUACAUUAUCUUCAUCAUCAUGUUGAGUGUUGGAGAGCUCUGCUAUGCCAAGCUGGUGCACUUCAGCUUCGACGUGCUCAGCAAGUGUCCCAUCUACGCCUUCAAAACUCUCUUUGUGCUCCGAUUAUUCGAUAACAUCAAGAAGGACAAGUUGAGGAGCAAGAACGGCACUCGAAAGGACUACGUGUCGGAGGUUUCGUCUGGAAGGGAGCAAUCGGUAACUAGCGCAGCAGCAGGAAGAGACAGGAAGCCAAGCCAGACGCAGCCUCCUCAAAUGGUUUGA